CAUAUAUAUCAUUCCGCCCCCGCCAGUCGUGCUUGUGAAAAGAAGUCUGGUAGAUGACAUCUCGUGGCCUGUGUUCGCUGUAAAGUUCAACAAGUCACCAUGUCUCUCGCAGAAGGACUUUCUGCCCUGCGCCAACUGCCGAUCGGCAACACCACCGCCCUGUUCCUAUUCCUGCUCGGCUCUUGGGUGGGAUAUACCCUUCUGUCGACAAUCCACAACAUCUACUUUGGCCCUCUGGCAAAAUAUCCCGGUCCGAAGAUCCGCGCGCUCUCCACGCUCCCCAAAGCCCUCACGCUGCUCCGCGGUACCGAAGCCACGGAAUAUGUCAAGCUUCACGACAGAUACGGCCCGGUGGUCCGAGUAGGACCGAACGAGCUCUCUUACAUCGGCACCGGUCAGAUCUUCAAGGAUGUCCACGGCGCCAGGAAGUCCGGCGAACAAUUGCCGUUCAAGGACCCUAAGAUGGUUCCGCCUCCUCUGACGGGAGUGGACUCCAUGUUGACCGCCGACGACGCCAACCAUGUGCGACACCGUCGAAUCAUGUCUCCCGCCUUCGCCGACCGCGGUCUCAAGGAUCUGGAACCUAUGCUGAUCGAAUGGAUCAACAAAUUGAUCGACAAACUCGGAAGCGUCGCCGACGCGGGCAAGAAAGCCGACAUGGUCAUGUACUACAACUGCACGACCUUCGACAUCAUGGCUGACAUGUCCUUCGGCGCCUCCCUCGGGAUGCUCGAAGCCGAGGAGUACUCGCUCUGGGUGAAAUCCAUCUUCCAGAGCCUCCGCGCCUUGACGCCGAUCCGCGCACUGCGCUGCUUCUCCGCCACGACCCGCUAUCUCGUCGACAACGUGCUCCUGAAAUCCAAAGCCGUGCGGGCCAAAGGCCACAAACACUACGGCCACUCUGCCGAACGCGUCGACAAACGCCUCGCCUCCAAGCCAGCCCGCGCCGACCUCUGGACGAAGAUCAUCGACAAAUCCGCCGCGGACCCGGAGCCCUUCACCCGCGCCGAACACCACGUCUCCGGCGCACUGAUGAUGGGCGCCGGCUCCGAGACUAGCGCCACGGCCCUCAGCGGCAUCACCUACUUCCUGCUGCGGAACCCGUCCAAACUGGCCCGUCUGACGCAAGAGAUCCGCUCGGCCUUCACCUCCAUCAACGACCUCUCCCUCGACCCGCUCCGCCGCCUGCCCUACCUCCAAGCGGUGAUCAACGAGGGCCUGCGGAUGUACCCGCCCGUCCCCAUCGCCUUGCACCGCGUCAUCCCCGCCGGCGGCGCCCUCAUCGCCGGAGACCAUCUCCCCGCGGGGACGACGGUGGGGAUCCACCACCUCGCGACCUACCGCUCGUCCCUGCGCUGGACGCGACCGUACGAGUUCGUCCCCGAACGGUUCGAGAAGGACGCGCCGGAGGAAUUCCGCCACGACGAUCUCUCCUCCUUCGAACCCUUCUCCAUCGGGCCCCGGGGUUGCAUCGGGAAGAACCUCGCCCUCCAUGAGAUCCGCCUGAUCCUCGCGGCGACGCUGCUCAGCUUCGACCUGGAGCUGUGUGAGGAGAGCCGGAAGUGGACGGAGCAGAAGACGUGGGUGCUUUGGGACAAGAGCGCGCUGUUUUGUCGGUUGAGGAAGGUGGAGGCGUCGCGGUAGAGAAACGAGUGAUUUCCCUUUUUCUUUUUGGAAGGACAUAGAAUUUUGAUGGAGUGGGAUUUUUUCCCCUGUGAUGUUGCUUUUUUUUUUAACGAAGGUGGUAUUGUUCCACGGCGUGUUUCUCGUUCGACGGGUGUGAUUUUUUUGAACUGGCGUGGAAGUUUCAUUUCUUUUCUCUCCCACCACGAACGCGUCAUUUACACAACUAGACCUUCCCAUGAACCAUAGCAUCUGAUUCCCCAAACGCAGAAAAUUGAAAAAGCAGAAAAAUGCCAGAUAGAAGAAGAGCCAUUGAUACAUCAGAACGCAAGCCCAAAUCCCUCCCUCGACCCAGAAUAAAACAUUACAAUAAAAGUUUCCUCUCCUCCCAUCUCCAAAUUUAUCUUACCACUCUCAGAAACCACCGCCAUUCCCUCCACAGAAAAACCAGAUUCUCUUCCCUUCCAUUUCCCCACAAACUUCUCAU